UCUAUCACAAAAAGAAGAUGCACUCUCUGAUAGUGAAUCCUAAAUAGAAGGUAUAUCGGCCACUCAUCAAGAGAGGCUGGAGGCACAUAUGCACACAGGCUGUGUUGGUAGAGUCUAGAUGACGUCUUUUUACUGUUGAAUUUUAAGUCAAGGCUAUGUAUUCCAUUAUCACUCUAAGGCCAUUCUCAUCACCACCACCCUUUUCUUUUUCCCUUCUUCUUUCUUCUUCUUCUUUUCUUUCGAUCAUCACACGAACAGGUAUUCGCUGUGAAUCGACUUCUUUUAAAAGAGUUCUGAUCUGCCUGCCGUGCAGUUAGAUCGUCUCUUCCAAACUUUAAAAAAAAACAUAUAUCAAAUUUAAUCCUUUCAUCCGAGCAGGUACUCGGAUUCAAACACGGGAACAAGGGACCAUUCCUCUAGUUCACCAGAGGAAUUGUGCAAAGAUGGUCUCUCGCUCUCAUCCAAAAACAGGAGGAAGAAAGGUAGCCAUCGUUGCUAAGAUCGCAUUAGCAGCUAUCCUACUCGUUGCACAUACUCAAUCUUUCGCACAAGCAAGACCUUUUGGCGAUGUACAAGAUCGUGAAUUGAAUGCGACAAACCUUUCACAAGGAACGACGCAAGAGUUACUACAAGAAUUGGUAAGCUCAUUACAAUCACAUCAAGAUCAACCUAGAUCGGACGGUUACGUUGGCAUUCAUCCUCUUCCGCGUAAGCGUUCAGUUGCCCCACAAAAACGACAAGGUGCAUUGCCACAAAUCGUUCCAAAUGUAGCAGCUGCCGCUUCUACUGCUGCACCGCCGCCCGCUUCAAAAGCAGAUGCAGCGCCAACCAUUCAACCUGCUUCAAAGGCAGCACCUUCUUCCAGUGGUAAACCCUCUCCUUCUCCUUCAAAUGAUCCUGAUUCAGAUUCAGAUUCUGGUUCAGACGAAGGUGCAAGUGGAGUGGCUGCUUUGUUUAACCCACACAAUAAGCUGUUCCCGCUGGCGAUCGCUUUGACCAUUGCGAUGGUUUUAGGUGUUUUGUUGGUUUUGGUUUCGAUUGGUAAAUGUGUUUCGCAUCGUCAAUUGGCUCGUGAUCAAAGAGAUGGUAAAAGUAAGUAUAGUACAAAGAACAAUGACUUCAUGGUGGCAUCUGCGGGAAAUUCGGACCUUGGACGAAAGAGAACAUUGGGCAAAAGUUUACGUCGUGCUUUAACAAGAAGUCGUCUUGGCGGUGGUAGCUUUGCACGUCGUGAACGUGAAGGAACGGUGUUGAUUGAUGUUGGCGAUGAAGUGUAUGCUGUGACACCAGAAGUGGCAAAAGAAUACGAACGUGAACGCAAGAGUUGUUUGAGUGGUUAUUCAGGCAGCAGUGGCGGUAGUUCGGGAGGAAGUCGUCUAACUUUCCCUGCCAAUCAACCUACACCGCUACGACAAGCUUUGUAUAACGCUCAAUUGAUCGUAGCAGCAAAUGAAGCGGAAAAGGCCGGUGGAAAACCACAAGCACCCCGUGGAUUCGAUAUCAAUUCUUGGCGUAGAGAUUCAGUUGGCACAAGCAGUGAAGGAAGUUACUCGGAAUACGAUGAAAAGACCUUACACGGAUCCAGCCACUACAGUAAAGGAAAUUCUGCCUUGCCUCCCGUUGAUCCUCUUCAACGUUCGCUCAGUCAACGUUUGGCCGAUGGUUUACGUGCAUUGACACAUGGUGAUCAGAACACUGGUGCUAGCCGUGAGAAGCGAGCAUUUUCAUUUGAUUCGGAAAUGCAAAUGCCUGGCGCAUUACGACAAGCACCUCUUUCUUCUACCGUCCCUGUCUUAACCCGUGGCGGUGGCGGUUGGGCCGUUCAACGUCAACAAGGUAACGAUCAAGAUGAUUUCAAGCCAAUGCGUAAACCUGUUCGACAACAAAAUAGUGACACAACUUUACGUGAUUCUGCUUUAUCACAUGAAAGACACAAUUUACGUGAUGACGGACCUACUGCAGCAAGUGGAAAACGUCAAAAUGUGAAUGGUGGUGGUGGUGUGCCAUUGAACAAUACGGCCAAUGGAGCAAGACCAAAAUCGAUUCUAGUGAAAAAUGCACAACAAAAAGCAGCAAUGGCAGCAAGAAGAUCGGCUGGUGGACCAAAUGCAGUUGCGGCUACAUCAAAAGGAGAUCUUCAGCGUCGGGCUACAAAAGUAGCCAGCAGCACUUCGCAUGGAUCACCAAAGAUGUAUCAAAACCGUACAUUUGCCGCUGAUACAGCAACAGCAACAAAAGGUACAGCUACAGGUGCAGGAGGAACACGUAAGCCUCUCAUUCUUAAACCUGAAAUGCCAGCUCGUGGAAUGAAUGCAAACGGUGGUCAAGCAGGUGAAAAGAAAUCGAGUGAUGGUAAUGCAGCACCGGCAAAUACACGUGAACUUUAUCGUCCUUUGCCGAUGCCACCUUCUUUUGGUCCAAUCGAUUUGGGUAACCCGAAGAAGUGAUUUCAUGUUCUAUUUUUUCUUUAAUUCAUAUUUCCUCUCCUC